AUGGAUUUUGAUAAACCUGUUGAAGGUGAAGAAGAGGAAACAGAGGAGACGGAGGAGAAAGAAAUUUCUUACAUAGAUUCACAGCUUAACUAUUAUAUUGACAAAUUAAAUUCGAAAGAUAAUUUUAAUAAUGUUGUCAAACCAAAUUCAUUAGAUGGUGAAAAGUGGAAAAAAUACCUUAAAAAUGAUAGAAAAGAUUUAAAAGAAAAGGAUCAGAGAAAAUUCAUAAAAGAAAUUCUCAAAAAAUCUAUUUCAACAAAAAGUAAUACUCAAAAAAAUCGAUAUAAGCAA